AUGCCAGGACAGGCAGAUGUGUGCCCUGCACGGUCGGAGGAAGGGACUCUUGUUAAAGAAAUCCUGCUCGGUCUGCUCGCCGUGGUGCCCGGCGUUCUUACCUUGACCGCUGGAACCGCCCGGGAGAAGGCGGAGAAGGCAGCUGGGACCGGCGGCGGGCUCUGCCUAGCUAGGUGUCGGUUCGGGUCCGGGGAUGCGGGAGCAGCUGUGCCAGGCGGUGCCAGCCGAGGCGGCCGGGAAGCGGCGGCGGCGGCGGCUGCCGCUCGGGGUCCUGCUGCUCUCCGCUGCUGCUGUUGCUGUUGCUGCUACUGCUGCCGGCGGGGCUGCGGUCCCUGCUCCGGCUCCGGCUCCCGCCGCGGCCGGCUGCUGCCCGUGGGACUCCUCCUGGGCACCGGCGGGCACGCUCCUCAUGGACCAGGGCCGGGGGCCGCGAUGCCCCCCAGCUCCGGGCCGGGAGGGCUGGUGCCCUUUAGGGCCUGCCCGCUGCUCCUGGCCACGCCGCCGCCGCCGCCGGGGGAGGGGAGGCUGGCCGCGCCCGCCCGGGCCCCGCUGGCCCCGGCCGGAGGAGGGCUGAAGAGGGGGGUGGGAAGGAAGCCCAGGCCCGACCCGGACGGCUGGCAGGCUGGCAGGGGGAGCGGGCGGGCUCGGGGCGGCCUCUUCGCCCCCUCCCCCAGGGCCUGCGCCGCUCGCUGCUCCGCGGGAAGGAGGGCGAUCCCGAGCUGGAGAUGGAGAAGGAGGAGGAGGAGGAAGAGGAGGAGGAGGAAGAAGAGAGAAGGAGGAGAGGGCCUCGCCCGGCCUGGGAAGAGGAGGCAGGGGGCGGGGGUGAAACCCCGAGAAGGUCACCGAAGCGGAGGCGCCGGGAGUGGGGCGAGGAGGGGGGGGACAGCGAGGAGGGGGCCCGGAGAAAGGCAAAGGAGGCGUCCCCGCCCGCCCCCCGCUCGAACGCUAGCUCCUCCUUCUCGGCCGCGGCCGCUCGAGCUUCCCCGGCCUGGGCUGGCUUCCCGGGAACUGUCCGUGCACAGCCGGCGGCGGCUGGGGCUGCACGGGCCGGGCGCCUCUUCAGGUCUGGCCGCGCCGGACUGGGCUGAGCUGGCCUGGGCUGGCCGCUGCUCCCCGCGGGGCUCGGUGCCCCGGCUGUGCGCGCCGAGCGUCCCCGGAGCAGCCUGGCCCCGCCGCCGCCGCCGCGUGCCCCGGGCUCGGGCUCAGCAGCUGCAGUGACUGUGUGUCUGUGUCGUGUCUCUACAGCUGGGGGGACCAGCAAGCCGGGGCCGGCUUCGAAGGAGGAGUGGGGCGGGGCCCCGAGAGGCGGGGCCUACAACCCCCGCCCCCCAGUUCCCCGUGACCCCAUGGAGAGGGCCGGCCGGCCAAUGGGAGAGGUUGUAGCCGGGCGGCCGCGAGGACGGCCCCCUCCUCUGAGCCCUCCCCCCGGCUCCGCCUCCAACUUCUCCGGCCUCCCUCCCGAGCUAGCGGCCGCAACACCCGGAAUGGGGAGCCCGUGGGCAGGAUCCGGACUGACGGGUACAAGCUGGGGAGCUAAGGGCCCCCCAGCUCCCUGGCGGCAGCUGCUGGGGCUCUAUCUCUGGGCGCCUACAUCGCUAAAGCGACUGGAGGGGAAGCCCACCCACCGGCGGGCCAGCCCACGGCGCUUGGCUAGCUUUGCUCGGCUCCCCGAGAGAGGUCCCUUUGGCUGCUUCUAAAAACAGCCCCCGUUGUGCACGCACUAGAUCUCAGCCAAAGGGCUGAGGCGCUCGGAGCGAGAGAGGAGGAGGCAAGGAAGUUUUUUCUCCUCUUUCCUCCUCCUCCUCUUCCUCCUCCUAGAAUCACAGCUUCUCUCGGAUAUAUGCUCAAGCUGAAAACAGCACUAGGAAGACCCAGUGUGGGCUUUGGACAGCAUCCUCCGGAGGGCUACUUCCGAAAAGGGAUGAGGUUUUUUCCCAGCUCCGCUCCCCAAGCUUCUGAGGUCUCCCACUAAAGGGUCGUCCAGCUCCUGAAUCCCAACUACUAGAAGGCUGCCAGGCUGGUCCUCUCCCUCCAGAAAGCCCUGGGACCCUCGGGCAUGAUGGGAGAGAGGGCUGAGAACGCAGAUUCGGGGACCGGGAGGACCAAAUGUUAUUCGGGAGGGAAGAGGAGCCUGAAAGGAACACCGGGACCCCGAUCUCUGGGACCGCACCCUACAGGGCAGCAUCCUUGCCUAAAGAGCACAGCCGAGAGUUCUGGAGGCCCGUGAGUCUCUCGCCAUUCAUCCUGAACCCCCGGCCUUUGCCCGAGUCGCCACACCCUUGGCGGGUCGUUUCUUCCACAUCGCCACUCUCAGAACCCUCUUACGCAAGGAACCCUCCAGAGCUAGUUUCCCCAAAGAGGGUUCUCCCAGUGGGAGAGCCAGCUGAGCAAAAGGAACUCCAAGAUCUGUACCCAAGCGCGCCAUGAAGCUGCGGGACAAGUUCACGGUGACGCCCGGGGCCCGAUGCCUUAUCUCUCUCCCAGCGAUGAAGCUAGAUCUUCCCUGGGAGCAGAAGAGGGAGAUGCUAUCUGGCUUUGAUGUCAUUACAUUGGCAGCACCGCGCAUAAUAAGAUAAAAUAUUAUCUAAUGUCCCAGAUCCCAUUAAAGUGUCAAAGUUUAAUGUCAAGGCUUUUAGCUCAAACGUUGUUUCCGCUCUCCUGGUGAUGGGUAGGUCUGGUCGGAAUGCCUGGAAAACAAAGGGCUCGUAUUUAUGUUUUAUUUUAUUUUAUUUUAUUUUAUUUUUGAUGAGUGUCCAGUGAUCUCCCUUUCUAACUGUCUUCCUUCUCCUCUAUUCCACUCAGACAAAGUUAAAACAAGGAUGUGGUCUUUAUUUUUAUCCCGGAGCUUGGCUCCACUUCAUUAGUGGUGUAAAAUGCAUUAUUAUAAUACAUUAGCAUAUUAAUAAAGGCGAUGUGACCCAGAGAGGGAAGGAGAGAUUUGAAAUUUACAAGCAAGGAAGGAAUAAUU